AGAUAUCACAUAUGACACAAGAAAUGUGAAAGAUUUGACAAUGGGAUUCACAACAUUGCACAUGCUCUGGCUUCUGACUGCAUUUGCUUUUACAACACAAGCAGAGUUGGUGAAACUAAGGGUUAGUCCCAAGAUUACCGCAAAGUGUGGCGAGCAAGUUACCCUCAACUGCAACACAUCGUCGGUUCAUCAUGGAAUGUCAAUCAAACUUAUGCAGUGGUUCAAAGAGGAAACACUUUUGUGUUCUGUGGACAGUAAAGGGAACAUUACUGCACUGCACAGAGCAUCUCUGAGUAACUUUACCUGUGAAUAUGAAGAUGGACGGCUGUCGCUAAUCUUCAAAAAGAUGCUGCCUCCAGAGAGCGGAAAAAAAUACACGUGUAAGCAACGCUCCAACAGAGGAGCACUCAAUGAAUCUACUAAACUGGAGUUACAAGAGUGUGGUCGGAUUGCUGAGGGUAAAUUAACAACCAUGGGACCUGCGUGCACCUUCAAGCAUGUCUACCCAGACGGAAAUGUCCACUGGUUCCACGGCUCCCGCAACCUCUCAGAUGGAUCUCUGAAACAGUACACCGGUAAAAGUGUGGACGAAGAAGGCUGGCUGACUAUCCACAGUUACCUGGAGUGGAACAGUUCACACGGGCCUUACAAAUGCUCCUUGAAGAGCACCGUGUCUGACAGAUACAUUGCAAGUAUGUUGAUACAGAAUCCUGAAUCCCAGAAGAGCGGUAGAGCAACACACUCCAACGGCAACAGAGUUACAGCCCAGGAAAGUACGCGGACAAUUUUUUGCCUUUUAAUCUUACUUCCAGUUAUAUCUAAAUAAUGGAAUUCCCACAUCAUGGAGUGUCACCAGACAUGGGGGACAUGGGGAGGCAUGAAUCAAUGAUUAACACUGAUUAGGAGCAACAAGGUACUGAGACUUAUGGAUUUUUUGUCAAAACCAGGGCGUCGGGAAUCAGUUUAAGUGAGUCAUCUUGCAUAAUCCAAAGGCUUAUCUUUCUUUCUUUGUGCUAUUGGCUGACAUGAACAAGAAAAUUACACACCACAGAGAGGUGAUAAGAAGACAGCCAGUAAUCAUAACAGUAUAAAAUGUGUUGUUGUUUGGCUUCAAUAGAGGCUAGGAGAGAAUGCACAGUGGUUUCACUGAUCUUUGUAAGAACACAAGGAGAUGUAUAAAUGGAAACACUCUCAGAGAAAAUGCACCUUCUUAUAAUUGCUAAAGUGAUUAAAAAGUCUGUACUGGUUCAGUUUAAUCGGCAGCUAUAAACCUUUUCAUGGAUGUUUUUUUUUUCUCAAGCAUGUCCAGCACUGUCAUAUGUGUAUAGGUUCUCUAUGAAUGAAGACCAUAAAAGGCUCUUUGUUAGAUUUAUUUCAGAAAUACAGAACUGUCAUGUAGCAAAACCCCUUUUCUUUCAGUCAAGCAAUAAAUCUGUCUAGAGUUUGUGGAUGGAUGCUGCCCUCUGGUGAUAUGUGCUGCUAACUAGAAGUAGCUGCUUUAGGAACCAUUUGGGAGCAAUAUGUUUUCAUUCAAUGGGUUCAUUUACCACACUUUGCACCAGCCUGGUAAAUAUAGGCAAUUUAGUUCAGAAUCAUUAAUUCCAGGUCAGAGCUGAUUGCUAGAAAGUAAAUCAAACAUCAAAAUAGUUACAUCACAGGAAGCACAGGAGAAAAUGUUGUGUAUUUUAAUUUCACUUGCUGUCAGACUUAAACAAUGGAAAUGGCAAAAUAAAAAAAAAAAAUGCACGACAUGUACUGUAAUCAGACACGGAGGUGAAGCAAUAAAGUUUUGAGAUUCAUGGGG